AUGGUUCAAGAGAAAGAAGCAAAGACCGGGAAAGGUAUAAUUUAUUUGUUGAUUGACAUUAAGAAAGGUUUCAAUCGCCUAAUGAUUGAAUGCUAUUUGAUUUCUAAACAAGCUACCAAUCCAAAGAGAACAUUCAAAGAACAAAAGGAUUCUGUUAUAAAAGAAUCAAUUCCAAAAUUUGGUAUUCGAUUAGACUUUGAAAUUGCUGCCAAAAUAACCUGA